GUCAGGACGCAAUUCAACUUCACUUGGGCCUGUUUUCCAAAAGACAUCUUCAUCGCGGUUUGUCUCGACUGCAGUUUCGACCUCGCCGGAACUGGUCUCGUCAACAUGUCCUCAAGAUCUCGAUUUGUUGCACAACCACUGGACUGUCUCGAAUGGACGAUAUUGUCGGCCUACUUUUCCGGCCAGUCGCAAGACAGAGGCUUGGCUCAAUUGACGGACGGACGGGAUUAAUCAUGUAA